AUGAGUCUGACGCGAGGUCAUUCCUGUGUCCUAUGCCAGCAGCGCAAGGUCCGCUGUGACCAGCAGAAGCCGUGCACAAACUGCGUUAGGGCACAGGUGGAGUGCAAAGUGGCGGCACCACAGCCGGCAAGACGGAGGAAGAAGAAACAACACGAACGAGACUUAAUCGAACGGCUUAAGAAGUAUGAAGCGCUUAUGACCCAGCAUGGUGUCGACUUCGAUUCUGCUAGCGAUGUUGGAGACGACGCCGCCGAGCUGGAGACUAAUACCGUGGAAUUUAAGACAUCUCCAGAGAGCGGUAUUCAAAAUCGCACCCCCCAACGCGAAGACCGUCAGAGACGCUCUAAAUGGUUUGCAUAUUAUGAUGAAUAUCGGACAACAUAUGACCUGUUACAAAAUUCCGAUGAUGAAGAGGUUGAUCCGCCUCCAAUUCAUCAUGCCUUUGACAAAAUGUUCACCAACGACAUUGAUUCAUUUCCCUUCGGCGUGGGUGGCUCAUCGAAACGCAUAACCCACUUGCACCCAUCGGCAAUCCAGAUCUUUCAACUCUGGCAGAUUUACAUCAGCAACGUAAACCCACUGCUGAAGAUCAGUCAUGUUCCCACUUUGCAGCCUCAAAUUGUCGGGGCAAGUGCCGACCUUUCGAAAGUUUCCAAGCCUCUCGAAGCCCUGAUGUUCAGCAUCUAUCUCAUUGCAGUCAAAUCAAUGACAGAUGAGGAGACUCAAGCUACCUUUGGCGAGUCCAAGGUUCUGGUGCUGAGUCGGUUUAGUGAAGCCUCGCAACAAGCCUUGAUCAAUGCAAACUUUAUGAGAUCCAAUGAGCUCAUGGUACUGCAGGCUUAUUUUUUGUAUCUUCGCAGUGCUGGUCGGAACAUUGACCCUCGAUCUCUGUUUUGCCUAAUUGGCAUUGCCGUGCGCAUGGCAACUCGUCUGGGUGUACAUCGAGACGGUGCUCAAUUCGGCCUAUCACCCUUUGAGACUGAGCAUCGAAGACGACUCUGGUGGCAGCUGGCUGCAAUAGACAAACGAAUGGCGGAAAUGACGGGCUCCGCCAUCACAGCUCUUUCUUCCUGCGGAUCAGAUUGCCGCCUUCCUCUUAACAUAAACGAUGCGGACUUGCAUCUGCAUUCUAAAGAUCCACCCAAACCUUAUACCGGCCCAACGGAGAUGCUCUUUUGUCUCGCAUGCCUUGAGCUACUUAUCGCCGCUGAUCCGACCAGCAUUCGGCCCAAUUCCACAACUAUCAAGAACCCGCAGCAACGCAGCAACUCGGCGUCGUCUCCCGAUACUACCACUGGUGAAGGAUGUCGCCCAUCUUCUCAUGAUCUGGAUAAAUAUUGCUCCUACAUUGAAUCAGUCUACUUGAAGCAUUGCGAUCCGAAGAUCCCCGUUCAGCUCCUCACUUUGAUGGCAACGCGGAGCGCACUGUGCAAACUUCGCGUCGUCGAGUUUAUGUGUCGAGGGAUUCCCACUUCGAGCCUCAACAGUCGCGAACGCGAUGCUCUCUUUCUGACCGCUAUCGAGAUGCUAGAGUAUGACGAUGUGAUCUAUACCACUGAAAGUCUCCGCGGCUUCUUGUGGUACACCCAGAUCCUAGGACCUCUGCCCGGCUACAUUUUUCUCAUAAGUGAGUUGCGCCAGCGCACGACGGGCGAGCUGUGCGAGCGUGCAUGGAGAGUUAUCAGCGAAAACCAUGAGCAUCGAAACUUUGUGAGCAACAUAGGAAACCCCAUGCAUGUUGCGUUUAUGCACGCUACAAUCAAAGCCUGGGAUGCCCGUGAGGAAGCUGAGCUUCGGCUUGGCAGGUCCGUCGAGCCACCGAGUCUGGUAGCUUUGCACCGCCAACACAAUACAGACAUGAAAUCGUCUCAAGGGGGCCCUCAAUCUGCACAAGAUGAAGGUCAUGGGUCCCAGCCUGGGAGUCAACUACUUGGAUCCGGAAGAAUGUUCCAGGCCUCAGAGGGGGUUGUUGAUGACAAUAUAGCGAUGCCCGCUCUGGAUCCCACAACUGACAUAUACGGAGCUGCAUUUGGAAACUAUGACCAGACAAAUUGGGCAUAUUUGAUGCAACCUGGAGUCCUAGGCGGUUUUCUCAGUGGUUCGGGAUCCAACUUCCCGCAAGGUAGCUUCUGA